AUGCGGAAAGAGAGCAGACGCGAAAGGGACGGGGAAAACAUACAACUAUCAGCUUUUAAGACCCUCUUAGAUAGAAUAUUAGAGGAAUAUAGGUAAGGACUUCACAACAAAGAUUGUAAAAGUCUUCAUAAAGUACAAAUAUGAAGAAAAACAAAAGUCGAAAAACAAAUCAACUUUCCAAAUUUAUUUGAGUUAAAUCAUGCAAUUGUAUUUCUAAUCUUCUUAACUUUGAAGCAUAAUACAUAUGUAUGUUUAAGCGUCGGUGAUAAGUGAAGUAAUCAGAAACAACAAAUCAUAUUUUUGGCAAUUAUUACGUUUUGAUUUAAAAAAAAAUUCAAUCUAAAAUGCAUGAUUUUGUUGGUUAGAGCAGUUUUUAACUAGCUUCCCUUCAAAGUAUUGACAAGCUAACCUAAGCUAAAACGUUCAAAACAUGGCCAGGAAAAUUUUGUUUAAUCAAACAAAUCAAACUUUAGUUUAAGUUAAAUGCGUCUUCGAAGUGUAAACAGAAAAAGAUGUAGGUCAUCUUUGUUACUUACACAGCUUUAUUCAAAUUCAACGAAGCCUCAAGUGUGUUGUGAAGUUUGACCCCAUGGCUGAUAACUCCAACUCCACCGUAGAACCUCGCUUCUGUUUUCUCGGAAAUGAUAAAGAAGUAGAGGUAGCUUUGGCUGUCUUCUAUAGCGUUAUAGCAAUACUGGGAAUCACUGGGAAUGCUUUGGUGAUCAAUGUCGUCCGACAGAACCGUCACAUGCGAACCACUACGAACAUUAUGUUGGUCAAUAUAGCAGUGUCUGAUAUUCUCUCACUAAUCUGGUCUCUUCCAAAGCGUUAUUUCGAUAUCGUGGACGCACACCCUUCGGAAGAAAUGGGGAAGUGGUUGUGCAAGUUUGUGACCGCUAGCAACAUGGCGGCUAUUACUUUGGCGGUAUCCGUGUAUACGUUGAGUUUGUUGGCAAUCGAGCGCUAUCAUUCGCUCGUCAAGCCAUUUCAACCGCCAUGGAUAAAUGAAAAUAACGUGGUCUACGCAUUAGCAGCAACAUGGGUAGCGGCGAGCGUCGCACAGAUCCCAGCGUUCAUUGAAACGACGUUUAAUGAAGUCACAUGCAGUUGUGAAAGUCCGUGGACGAGCAACGACACGGCCCGUUCCAUGCGAGACGCCGUGGUCGUUAUUAUCACGGUGAACAUUUUUUUCCCAAUCAUUAUCAUCAGUUUUUGCUACGCGUUAGUCAUCAACGCACUUCAUUUUAACAAUGAGAACAGCGCAAGGACCUUUGAUCCCAGAGAUCUCCAAUCAAAGAGGAAGAUCGUGAAACUUCUGAUCAUAGUAACAGUUGUGUUUUAUACAUGUUUUCUCCCGUUUGGUUUGUACAUGAUGAUUCUAGCGUCGAAUUACGCGGAUAAGCUCAGUGAUGACGGAAAAAACGCACUUUCGAACGGCUUCGAGGUUGUCAAGCUUCUAAUGUACCUGAGCUCUUCCCUGAAUCCUGUGUUGUACGCAUUUCAAAGUUCUAAUUACAGAAACGGCUUUAAAAUGUCUCUCCCGUGCUUGUUUGGACUUCGCGUUAGAGUUAGCGCGGAAAACAGCCGGCAAGUCAGCCUUGCAAAUAUUCAAGCAUAA